AUGAUUAGAACCUUCCAGAAGCCUCUACAUCAGGCAUCACUUACUGUUACACGCAGCAUCAGACAGCAUGCCACCAAAACAGCUCCUACUGUUGGACCUGUAAAGAUUGGCCGCCCAUCACAAGACAUCUUUUUGAAAGAGGAAAAGUAUGGCGCUCACAAUUACAGCCCUAUACCAGUGGCAAUUCACAGAGGGAAAGGAGUGUUCGUUUGGGACGUGGAAGGGAACAAGUAUUACGACUUCCUCAGUGCUUACAGUGCACUGAACCAAGGUCAUUGCCACCCACGAAUUAUACAAGCCUUGAAGCAGCAGGCGGACUAUGUCACCUUGACAUCGCGAGCCUUCUACAACACCUGUCUUGGAGAGUAUGAAGAGUACAUUACCCAUCUGUUUGGCUAUGACAAAGUGCUGCCAAUGAACACAGGUGUUGAGGGCGGUGAAACUGCAUGCAAGUUGGCCAGGAAGUGGGGUUACAAAGUGAAGAAAAUUCCAGAUAAUCAAGCCAGAAUUAUCUUUGUGACAGGCAAUUUCUGGGGACGGACAUUGGCUGCUGUAUCUUCUUCUACUGACCCUUCCAGUUACUUAGGUUUCGGACCUUUUAUGCCUGGGUUUACAGUCAUUCCAUACAAUGAUGUUAAAGCACUAGAGAAAGAAUGUCAGGACCCCAAUGUCUGUGGAUUUAUGUUUGAACCCAUACAAGGAGAAGCUGGAGUUGUGGUACCUGACGAAGGCUACUUGAAACAAGUUCGCGAGUUGUGUACCAAGUACAACGUUCUGAUGAUGGCUGACGAAGUACAAACUGGCCUGGGUAGAACAGGAAAGCGCCUAGCUUGUGAUCAUGAGAAUGUGCGUCCAGAUUUGCUUAUUCUAGGAAAGGCACUUUCAGGCGGAGUAUUACCAGUAUCUGCUGUCUUGGCUGAUGAUGAAGUAAUGCUUUCCAUUCUCCCUGGAGAACAUGGAUCCACAUUUGGCGGCAAUCCUUUGGCUUGCAAAGUAGCUCUUGAGGCACUGAAGGUUGUGGAAGAAGAGAAGUUAGCAGAAAAUGCUGAGAAAUUGGGUAUCAUAUUGCGAAGAGAAUUGAGCAAACUCAGUACACAGAUAGUGAAGGUUGUCCGUGGGAAAGGUCUUCUAAAUGCUAUUGUUAUAAAUAAAGGUUAUGAUGCUUGGGAUAUCUGUCUGAAAAUGAGAGAUAAUGGCUUGCUGGCUAAACCCACUCGUGGUGAUGUCAUUCGCUUUGCCCCACCUCUUGUCAUCAGUGAGGGACAACUGUACGAAUGUAUUGACAUCAUCUGUAGAGUUGUUUCAUCUUUCAAGUAA